CUUCUAACUUACGACGCCUGCGAUCCACCGCUCGGCGCUGCCACUUCGGCGCCUGCCGCCGGGGCAGCAGGGACUGCGGCGCUACGCCAGCGCGCUCGGGCGGCCACCGGCGAGUUCAGGACGUUGGUGGGUCCGUGCAUCUGUCCGGAGAGAACUUCCAGAUCCGUGGCUCCGCCAUGGUUCUGGCCUCACUGCUGCUGGGGCUGCUGCUGCUACCCGCGCCCUGGAGAGCCAUUGCUGAAAAGGCAGAAGAAACCAAGCCAGAUCAACUACCCCCAGGACCUAUACCAGGGAACCUACCAGCGGAGCACAGGCCAUUCUUUCCUCACUCCAGUGGGUACCAGCUACCACCAUCCCGGACUCGGAGAUCACUUCCUGCACACACAGCCAUUCCCCAGGUGACCUCUGCAGCAUCAAAGCUUCUACCUCCUGUUGCCUUUAAUCACACAAUUGGACACAUAAUACUUUCGGAACAUAAAAAUGUCAAAUUUAAUUGCUCGAUCAAUAUUCCUAACGCGUACCAAGAAACAGCUGGCAUUACAUGGUGGAAAGAUGGAAAGGAAUUGCUUGGGGCACAUCAUUCGAUCACACAGUUUUAUCCUGACGAGGAAGGGGUGUCAAUCAUUGCAUUGUUCAGCAUAACCAGUGUGCAGCGCUCAGACAACGGGUCGUAUUUCUGUAAGAUGAGGGUGAACGACAAAGAAAUCGUAUCCGAUCCCAUAUACGUCGAAGUUCAAGGACUUCCUUACUUUAUUAAGCAGCCUGAGAGUUUGAAUGUCACCAGAAACACAGCCUUCAACCUCACCUGCCAGGCUGUGGGUCCACCUGAGCCCAUCAACAUCUUCUGGGUCCAAAACAGCAGCCGCGUUAAUGAAAAACCCGAAAGGUCCCCAUCUGUCCUAACUGUACCUGGUCUGACAGAGACAGCAGUCUUCAGCUGUGAGGCCCACAAUGACAAAGGGCUGACGGUGUCCAAGGGUGUGCAGAUCAACAUCAAAGCAAUUCCCUCCCCGCCAACUGAAGUCCACAUCCUCAGCAGCACAGCACACAGCAUCCUGGUCUCCUGGGUCCCAGGUUUUGAUGGAUACUCCCCAUUUCAGAACUGCAGCAUUCAGGUCAAGGAAGCUGACCUGCUGAGUAACGGCUCAGUCAUGGUUUUUAAUACCUCUGCUUCGCCACAUCUGUAUGAAAUCCAGCAGCUGCAAGCCCUGGCUAAUUACAGCAUCGGUGUGUCCUGUCGGAACGAAAUUGGCUGGUCUGCAGUAAGCCCCUGGACUCCGGCCAGCACGACAGAAGGAGCUCCAUCCAUAGCACCUUUAAACGUCACCGUGUUCCUGAACGAAUCUAACAACAGUGUGGACAUCAGAUGGAUGAAGCCCCCAAUUAAGCGGCAGGAUGGGGAACUGGUGGGCUACAGGAUAUCUCACGUGUGGGCGAGUUCGGGGGCUCCCAAAGAGCUUUCUGAAGAAGUUGACCAGAAUGGCAGCUGGGCUCAGAUUCCUGUCCAAAUCUACAAUGCCACCUGCACAGUGAGGAUUGCGGCCGUCACUAAAGGGGGCGUUGGACCUUUCAGUGAGCCAGUGAAAAUAAUCAUUCCUGAACACAGUAGGGUAGAUUAUGCGCCCUCAUCAACUCCAGCCCCCGGCAACACAGAGUCUAUGAUCAUCGUCCUCGGCUGCUUUUGUGGAUUUAUUUUAAUCGGGCUGAUUUUAUAUAUUUCUCUGGCCAUCAGAAGAAGAGUCCAGGAAACAAAGUUUGGGGGUGCAUUCUCUGAGGAGGAUUCCCAAUUAGUCAUAAAUUACAUAGCAAAGAAGUCCUUCUGCCGCCGGGCCAUCGAGCUUACCUUGCACAGCUUGGGAGUGAGCGAGGAGCUGCAGAAUAAACUAGAAGAUGUUGUGAUCGACAGAAAUCUUCUAAUUCUGGGAAAAAUUCUGGGUGAAGGAGAGUUUGGGUCUGUAAUGGAAGGAAAUCUGAAGCUGGAAGAUGGGGCUUCUCAGAAGGUGGCCGUGAAGACCAUGAAGUUGGACAACUUUUCUCAACGGGAGAUCGAGGAGUUUCUCAGUGAAGCAGCGUGCAUGAAAGACUUCAACCACCCAAACGUCAUCCGGCUUCUAGGCGUGUGUAUAGAAAUGAGCUCUCAAGGCAUCCCGAAGCCCAUGGUGAUUUUACCCUUCAUGAAAUACGGAGACCUGCAUACGUUCCUGCUAUAUUCCCGGAUAGAAACAAGACCAAAGGUCAUCCCCCUGCAGACACUGUUGAAGUUCAUGGUGGACAUUGCCCAGGGAAUGGAGUAUCUGAGCAACAGGAAUUUUCUUCAUCGGGAUUUAGCAGCUCGAAACUGCAUGUUGCGCGAUGACAUGACUGUCUGUGUGGCCGACUUUGGCCUCUCUAAGAAGAUAUACAGUGGUGAUUAUUACCGCCAAGGCCGCAUUGCCAAAAUGCCUGUGAAGUGGAUCGCCAUAGAGAGCCUGGCAGACCGAGUCUACACAAGCAAAAGUGACGUGUGGGCUUUUGGCGUGACCAUGUGGGAAAUAGCGACGCGGGGAAUGACUCCCUAUCCUGGAGUCCAGAACCACGAGAUGUAUGAUUACCUUCUCCACGGCCACAGGCUGAAGCAGCCCGAGGACUGCCUGGAUGAACUGUAUGACAUCAUGUACUCGUGCUGGAGUGCCGAUCCCUUGGACCGACCCACCUUCUCAGUGUUGAGGCUGCAGCUGGAAAAGCUCUCUGAGAGUUUGCCUGAUGCACAGGACAAAGAAUCCAUCAUCUACAUCAACACCCAGCUGCUAGAGAGCUGCGAGGGCCUGGCCGACGGGCCCUCGCUCGCUGGGCUAGACAUGAACAUUGAUCCUGACUCCAUCAUUGCCUCUUGCUCCCCCAGCGCUGCCAUCAGCGUGGUCACGGCAGAAGUUCACGAGAACAACCUUCAGGAGGAAAGAUACAUCCUGAAUGGGGGCAAUGAAGAAUGGGAGGGUGUGGCCUCCACUCCUUUUGCUACAGUCACACCUGGAAAGGACGAUGUCUUACCAGAGGACAGACGCACCAAAAAUGGGAUCCUCUGGUCUCACUGCAGUACGCUACCCUUGGGGAGCCCAUCACCAGAUGAACUUUUGUUUGCAGAUGACUCCUCAGAAGACUCUGAAGUCCCGAUGUGAGGCAAGCUGAGGGGAGGCAUGAGAGAACCAAGCAAAUACUGCUUCGUGGGAUCUGGUUGACUUAGUUACUUUACUAUUGCUGUGAUGAAACACCACGAGCAAAGCAACCUAUAAGAGGAAGUGUUUAACUAGGUUUACAGUUUCAGAGGGUCAGAGUCCAUGACUGUAGAAGGAAGGCAGGGUGGCGGAAACAGCUGAGAGCUUACAUCUUGAAUGGCAAGCAAGCGACAGAGAGUACUCUGGGAAAAUGGUACCACUCUUUUGAAACCUCAAAGCCUACUCCCAGUGACGCACCUCCUUCAAUAAGGCCACACCUCCCAAUCCUUCCCAAACAGUUCCACCAGCUGGAGAUGAAGCACUCAAACAUAUGAGCCAUUCUCACUCAAAAUACCACACACUGGUUAUACCUGAUGCUCUGGCAUUUGUUUUCCUUACUUAUUUUACUUGUAAAGUUCGUGGCCUGAUAGCACCAGGUGAAUGCUGUCAAGUUUUCACUAUAAAUACAUAACCAGGGUCUGGAGAGAUGUCUCAUGGGUUAAGAGUGUCUGCUGUUCUUGCAAAGGACCUAAGUUGAGUUGCCAGCAACUAAAUCAGGGGGCUCACAACCACCUGUAACUCCAGGUCUGAUACUCUCUUCCGGCCUCUGAGGGCUCCUGGACUCAUAAGGCCUACUCACAUGCAGUCACACAUAAAUCCAAGUAAAUUUAAAAGUAAGUAAACAAACAGCAAGACUGGGAGUGUGGCUCAGCCGCUGAGUGUGUGUUUCACCCGUGGACUGCCUUGCGCUCUAUCCCAAGACCCCAAAACAGUACAAAAUAAAAAUACAGAGGCUAGGGGAAAUAGCUGGGUUGGAAAGUCCUUAACUUGUAAGCACUAGGAUGUCAGUUUGAUCCCCAGAGCCUACAGAACAAAAAAGUUCCAUGUGGUGGCUCAGGCUUGUCAUCUCAGUGCUGGGGAAGAGGAGGAGACAGGUGGAUUUCUGAUGCCCACAGGGCAGCCAGCCUAGGUGAGGUCCAGGCCAAGGGAGACCCUCAAAGAAAAAAGGUGGACAGCACCUGAGGAGUGAUACUUGAUGCUGCCCUUUGACCUCCAUACACACACACAGACACACAUACACACAUACACACACACCCCAGCAUAUACAUGAACAUGUUCACACAAGAAAAAAUAUACAUAAAAUACAUAAUAUAUUUAUUUAAAGAGAGAACAUAUAUGCAUAUGGUGGAAAGAGACAAGGAUAUUAUAUUUUAAUAAAAGAUGACUUAUUUCACUGACCUUGCAGAUCUUAAAAUAUAUUUCUCAGUGUUAACGUUUGUACAGAAUCAAUGUUGCUUUUUUAAAGUCGUUUUCUUUUCCACAGUAUUAAAUGUAAAAGUGUUUGUAAAAUGAAAUGCUAGAUUUUGACUUCGUUUUUGACUUUCAUGAGAGUCCUGGUAUGCCUUCACGAAUCAUGUGUCUGAUACGAAUGAUUUAUUUCAUGUUCGAGGUUUUACAACUGAUCGCCUGAUCUGACUUCUUAAUAAAAUACAAAUAAGGAA